AUGAAGGUAAAUUAUGAAGAAGGAGACGAUGAAGAACAAAAGCAGCAAAAUAUACUUUGGAGCGAUGCAGAGAGACAGCAUCCAUGGUAUGAUGCUCCUCCUAGGUUAAAGGUGACAACAAAAAAUGGUCUUCGCCAUAUGAAUAUAGAGUUGACAAUGGGAAUCCCUCCGGAAGGCGUCUACGAUUUUUUCAUUAAUCCAAAUAGCAUAUUUUACAAUAUGGGAAGGGGCCAACAACUUCUGGGAAAAAAAUCAAGAAAGGUUUUGAAGAAGGAUGGACCAAGAGAGAUCGCAAAGUUGGAGAAAACUCUGCCAUGGAACUUUCUUUGGUGGUCUGGAUCUCUCCCUGUAACUCUAAUUGUUGAUGGAAAAUAUAAGAAAGAGAAAAUGAUGUUUAUGAAAGUGUUCGAGGGUAACUGGAAAGUGGAGCCAUUAUAUGUAGAUCAGGAACGCUUGUGCAAGAACAUGUUACCAAAUAGUCGAGAAGAAUACAGAAAAUGUAGUGGUGGACAAGGAAAGAUUGCAUCGAAAGUGAUAAUGAACCAAUACUUUAAGCCCUCUUCUCUUCUUAACCUGCCACCACUUUCUUGGUGCAUUAGUGGGAUCACUGUCAAGACGACCAAAACUAUUCUCCAAAUAAUUCAGAAUAAGUGUGCUGUGCACCGAGAGCUUCCAUUUAGUGCCUACUACAAAGGAGGAGGCGUAUGA